CGGCGGCAGGUACACGAAUCCACUGCGCCGAGGCACCUACAGGAUGGCUGACGAAGAUGUACGAGUUCCCACUGGACAAAGUUUAAAAUACGGACAAUACUUCAACGAAAAGACCAAGUUCGAGGACAUAAUAGAUAAAAUCGGAAGUAAUGGAAGGUUUCAAAUACGUAUGAAUAUCAUCUUCAAUUUUUUGGCGCUGACUCUCUCUGCGAUGUCCACUUUUGCAACACUGAUUGCGCUCACAGUUCCGCCACACUGGUGUCACGUCCCUGGAAGAGAAGCCGUAAAUAUGACCAUGGAAAUGUGGAAGAAUCUGACUAUACCACGAGACGAAAGAGGAUACAGUAAGUGCCUGAUGAAGACGCCUGGAAAUGAAAAUGUGACAAUGUCAUGUACCCACGAAUGGGAAUAUGACGACACCUGGUUUAGCGCCACUGCCUCUUCACAGGCGAACUGGGUGUGCGACAAGAGGAUGUACCCCAACACGCUCUAUUCUAUCAGCCGAUUUGCGUCGAUACCGUUUGGAGUUAUGCUGUUCUACUGUGGUGACAGAUUUGGCAGAAAAAAACAAUUUCUGUUGAGCAUAACCGUGAUAGCAAUAUCCAGAACGCUGCUAACGGUUUCAGCGGGUGUGUACCCACUUUACGUCGCCCUUUCGGCCUUAUCUGAAGCACCUGGGAUGCCGUGCAUUGAAUCAACAACUGCUAUAGGUAUCGAAUUGGCUGGAAUAAAACAUCGCUCAUAUGUGAACUUUUUAGCAAUUGCGUCUUACUGUAUUGGAAGCAUUGGUAUGGGGUUAAUAGCCUGGACUCUAAGAAACUGGGUUCAUUUCGUCCUUGCUGCCUCAGUUCCAUGCUUCAUUCCUUUGCUACUUUACAGGUAUUUACCCGAGUCUCCAAGAUGGCUACUAAGCAAAGGGCGUCCUGAUGAGGCGCUGAAGAUUCUCGAACGUGUGGCGGCAACAAAUGGAAAGCCGUUACCUCCUGAUACCACAAUGAAGCUUAAAUUUUUGUGUCAUCAAAGAACUCCCAAUAUGGGAAUAACAAACAUCUUAACGAACAGGAAUCUCUUCAAAAACACAAUUCUGCUUGUGAUUAGCAGGUCUGCCAGUUCCCUCGUUAUUUUCACCUUGCUUAUGAACAGCAGAAGUUUUGGAGAGAAUCCUUUCAUUGUUUACAUUGCGCAAGGAAUUUUGAAGUUAUUUGCAGGAUAUGCUGUUCACAUAAUAGGAAACAGAAUCGGGAGACGAAUAACACACUGUUUCAUAUUACUGACGGCUGCCGCCGUGUGUGUCGUACUUGUUUUCCUGACUGCAAAUUCAUUUCCUCAGUGGAUGUUAACGACUGCGUCUCUGGUGCUACAGUUCUGUGCCAGCUCCUCGCUGUCGCUAACAAACCUGCAGAGUAUUGAAAUACACCCAACAUGUAUACGGCAGAUAGCCAUCGCCAUCGAAUACGUCGUUGUUCAGUGCGUCAUGUGUUCGCCCCCUUACCUUGCUUAUAUGGGAGCAACGUCUGGCCUGUACUACAUGUUCGGCGUAUUGGCCGUGGUGACGCUGGUGACAUCUAUUUUGAUGUCAUUCCUGCCUGAAUCACUGAAUGAAAAACUUCCGGAAACUCUGAAGGACGCUUCCACGUAUGGGUGUGACCAAAAGUUCUGGAGCCUUCCGAGGAGAAGGCCCAGCAUAUCAGAAAGAGAUACAUUGUACAAAUACGACUUCGAAAAAUGAUUGUCUGGAAAUGAUCUGAUAUUAUUCUUCCAGAAGAAAAGUAAUUGGACAGCAGGCCCGGACAGUCCCCCUGCCGUAGUGUGGCUACGAGACAGUCAACGGUACCAUCACUAAAUGAAAAUAUGAAGAAGUCAUGGUCGACUGUGUGCCUUUUGCUUCAUGCAACAGUAAUACAAUAUGAUAAAGUACGGCGAUACACAGACACACAUACAGCGUACACAAAAUUUGAAAGAGUUGUUCACUUUUGCUAGUAAAAUGUUUUGCAACAUUGUGCGAAAUAAUCAUUUUGAUAUGGUGAGGUACGUUUGAACGAUAUUUAUUUCGUUGAUAGUUUUCAUCACCGUAGUAUUUUUUUAUACAGGCAAUAGCAGUCUUCCGAUUUUCUUAGUAAAUAAGAAAAUGGUG